CUCCAUUUGAAAACGCGCUGCUCACCAGCUCACCCCGCACAAUGUCUUUCCCGCGACACCCCACCACACCAUUCCCAACAGCUAACCGGCGCUCGUACGAGCUGCGCCGCACGCCCUCGCUCCGCACCCUUCUCUCGACGGCGCGCACGCAUCUCCUCCUGACGCCGUUCGACCCGGCGCUCCUUCUCGCUGUGCUCCCUCAUCUCCCGCGGUCGGACAAAGCCACGCUUCUGCGCCUCAAUACGGCGUUCUACUGGCUUGUCUCCCCAGUUCUGCAUACGCACCUCAUCCUCCCCCGCGCCCCGUGGCCACGACUACGACCCCUCGUCCCCGCUCCCCGCGAAUACGAGGACUGGCUCACCGCCCACCCCCCCGAGGCAUGGGUGCACACCCUCGACGUACACGCCCACCCCAGCCGCCGAUGUAUGCGCGCGCACGCGCACGAAACGGACACGGAGUACGCGCCGCCCACGCACAACUGCCCCGAGCGCAUCCCGUUCCUGCCACGCAUCCGCACGCUGCGCGUCCACGCCCCGCUGCACACUGACACUGGGCAGCGCGAUAUCGUGCCCCAAUGCGCGGCGCUGCAGAACGUCCGCGCGCCAAAGCUCGUGCUUGUUGGCGCACCCUGUUCGUCCCCCCUGACGUCGCUGCCGUACGCCACGCUCGCGGCCGUAGACCACUACGUCCUCCUCCUUGCACCAGACGACAACGUCGACCCGCUCGCGCCAGUACUCCUGGCGAGUGCAAUCGCCAGUGACAUCGCACAUACCACUGCCUGCAGCGCCACGCUUGUUCUCGUCCCUCCGGUGCCAUGGAUGGAGUUCCGCACCCCAGGCGGCGACAGCGACGUACACCAAAGCUGGGCGGGUCGUAUGCUUGCCGAGCUCGCCGCCCACCUCGCCCAUCUACCACUGACCGUCCGCAUCGUAAAUGCGGGGGCGGUAGACCACCGCACACUCGGCACGGAUGCGUGGGAUCCGGUCCGCGGGCAAGCUCUCCUCGAAACACACUUCCGCAACGCGCUACGCGCCGAAGGGCGCUCGUGCUGCACCGUCGAGUUCGUCGAUAUGCCGACGUAUCUCCUUGACGCGCCUGCCGAUGAGCUUGGCGAGAGGCUAGAGGAGUGGCGGACGAGUGCAGGCACGGGUGUGGGGGUUGGAGGUGGAGCGGGGGCGCCUGAGGUUCAGGCUCACCCCGAAGCGGCCGCCCGCGAGUUUGAGCCGGUCGCCGAGGACGCCACGGCGUGCGGCACCGGCGCCGCUCAUGCCCGCAAGCCGGAUAGUGUCACUGCGGACGCAGUCGGGCCCGGGGUCACCGAUCGCGUCUAUGGCGCAAGCGGUUGCGCGCCGCGCGAGCGAUAAGAUCGCCCAGCGCAGGGCCAGCGAGAAGAGAGUGAGUCGGCGGGUUGUUACCGAAGCCGAUGAGAAUGCGCGGUGGUAGGCCG